AUGGGCAACUGUGUCCCUGCGCCCCCCCCGGGCAACCGGAGCUCUCUGGACCUGGAGGAGCUCCUGGGCGGGCUCUCCUACGGCGGUGCCACCAAUGCCACCUACGGGGACUACGGUGACCCCAACGCCACCUACCUGGACUACGGCGGUGCCAGCCCGUGCCGCAGCCGCUUCUGCCCGCUCCUGCAGCGCCUGGCACCUCCCUUCCUGGCCGUGUCCUGCUCGGCGGCCGCGCUGGGCACCGCGGCGCUGCUGCUGGCGCUGCUGAGGUGCCCCCCCCGAGCCUGGCAGCGGCCGCCGGGCCGGGCGCUGGUGGCCCAGCAGGCUCUGGGCACGGCGCUGGUGGUGGCCCCGCUGCCGGCGCUGGCCGCGGGCAUCGCUCGGGGCUGGCACCUCGGCGCGGGGCUGUGCCGCCUCGCCCGCCUGCUCUGGCACUGGGGGGUCUUCGCCCAGGCCCUGCUGUGGCACCGGGGGGUCUGUGGCACAGCGUGCGGGCGGUGGGACCCGCGGUGCGUGGCUGUCACCCCCUGGGCCGUGGCGCUGGCGGCGGCGGUGCCCGCGGCGCUGGCGGGGGGCACCGUGGAGGGCACGGCGUGCGUGGGGCGGGCGGUGGGCGCCCUGCACGCUGCCUACCUGCUGCACGUGGGCACCCUCGUGGCCCUGCUGGUCCUGCUGCCCUUGGCCGCGCUGGCCGGUGGCACUGGUGGCACUGGUGGCGCCGGUGGCACUGCCCGCUGGGUGUUCCUGGCGCUGUGGGCACCGUACGGGGCAGGGCUGGCGGUCGAGCUGCUGCUCCACGCGGGGCCGCUGGUGCCCUCCUGUGCCACCCUCGAGGGUUUUGAUCACCUGCUGGGGGUGAGUGAGGGGCUGGGGGUCCUGCACUGUGCCCUGGCACCGCCCCUGCUGCUGCUGCCCGCCCUGGGCCGGCGCGGAGCGGGCACGGCCGGGGGGUGA